UUGAGUCUCAUUGAGAAUAAAGCGCCAUAUGGAAACAGAAGGCGUUCCCUCCCGCCUCGCCCCGCCUGUCUGUGGCAGCAGCCGUCCACUCAGCCGGGGAAACUUCUACAUCGAUCGCCUCCCGUUACGGGACCUGCCGGCUGGCGAUCGGUUUCGCGCGUAGAGGCUGUGUGACCAGGUCCUCAGCCUUCGGCGAAAGGGAUGUGGGGAAUGAUGCCGUCUCCGCGAACCGUGAGCCAGCUGCUCCUCCCGCUGUCUCAGGAGCCGCCGGCCGGCGUGAGGCGACGCCGCUCUCCCUCUCUGCUCGCCGCCUUCCUCCUCCUCCUCAACGGCUCCACUGCCCUGGGAAUGCACAUCGGUCAAGUGACUUUCUCUGGUAAAGGUUCAGAGUUCUCAAUGGCUACCCUGCAGUUUGCUUACAAUGGAGAAACGGCCGUUCGCUUUAAUUAUACAACAGGAAAGUUUGUGGCCAUCAAUCCAAUUGUGAAGUCUUUCGUGGACGAUCUGAACCUGCAAUCGAAAGCGAAGCCGAUGAUCACAAUAACCUCAAGACACCUGAGGAACAGAGAGAAUACCUUGGCCCUGACAUGCCAAGUGCAUGGAUCUUAUCCCAAGAAAAUCCACGCAACGUGGCUGCGGAAUGGUGUGGUGAUCGAUCGGGAAGUGCUAAUGACGAAAAUUUUACCCAACCAGGAUGGGACGUUCCAAGUCAGCCGACAGGUCGAAAUUGACCCCAGGAAGGGUGACACUUACACUUGUGAAAUCAAGCAUUUGAGCGUCCCUGACAAGCUGCAUGCAGUUUGGGGUAAGGCUCAGAGUCUGAAUAAUUUGGGGUCCAGUGUACUGGUGACGAUCUGGUUCACACUCUGUCAAACACUAUAUUAUACACUCAGUGGCCACUUUAUUAGGCACCUCCUCAACAUAAUAAAGUGACCAUUGAGUGUAAGGUCGUGGUCUUAUGCUGCUGCAGCUCAUCCACUUCAAGGUUCGAAAUGUUUGCGUUCACUGACGCUCUUCUGCACACUACCAUUGUAACAGGCGGUUCUUUGAGUUACUAUUGCGUUCCUGUUAGCUGGAACCAGUCUGGCCAUUCUCCUCUGAAAUCACACUAACAAGGCACUUUCGCCCACAACUGCCACUCAGUAGAUGAUUUUUUUUUGUUUUUCACACUGUUCACUUUAAACUCCAGAGACUUGUGCCUGAAAAUCCCGGGAACUCAACAAUUUCUGAGAUACUCAAACCACCCCGUCAUGCAUUAGCAAUCAUUCAAUAAAAGGUUCAUUUAUUAUCAAACUAUGUACUCAGUAUUCAACUCUGAGAUUCAUCUUCUCCAGAUAGCCAGGAAAAAAAGAAAUCCAUGGAAGUCAUUCAAAGAUAAACAUCAAACCCCCCCCACCUCCACUGCACAAAAAAAAAUCAAAACUUAACAAGAACAUCAACCCCCCAAAACCCCACUCCCUCACAUAAAAAACUAACAAAAACAUUCAGACCUAUACCCCCUCCCCUGCACAAAAAACUAACAAAACAUGCUAUGCAACAAUAAGGUUAAAGAACAGGGGAAAACACAGAAUAUAAAAAUCAUAAGACUGAAAAAGUCCAUAGUCCAAUCCAUAAAUUCAGAACCUUGGUAAUAUCCUCUGACCAACAGCGAGAGAGAGAGAGAGACCACUCAAACACAGAGGCCUGCCCUCCAACAACAGUGAGUGAAAGGCACCACACAAACUCCUCUGACAGCAGAGAAAUCCAUCCCUGCAAUCAAAAGGCAAGCAGUUGCCUCAGAUUCAAUCUUCCUCGACACUUUAAUUGGCAAAAGGGAGUCGAUCAUUGGCCCCUACCUUAUCUUUAAUCUGCUUUGCCUUGAGGCUGUUUGAGCUUCCUGGAAUCUUCCCGGAUUCUGGUCUGAACAACAACUGGACCUCUUGGCCUUGUCUGCAUGCUUUGAUGCAUUGAGUUGCUGCCACAUGAUUGGGUGAUUUGGUUCACAUUUUCAACUCAUUCAGGUUACGAUUGUUUUGCCGUAGAGAAUCCUGCUGUAACCUGGUGAGGACCAGUAUCUCCCCUUCCUACAUCAGUCAUGGAGUAAUACAGAUAUGGGCCCUUCAGCCCAAUUGGACCAUUCUGAUCACCAUAAGAUUGUAAAUUAUAGGAGCAGAAUUAGUCCAUUUGGCCUAUUGAAUCUGCUUUGGCAUUUCAUGGCUAACUUAUUAUUCUCUCAACCCCAUAUUUCUGCCUUCUCCCUGUAACCUUUGACACCCUUAAUAAUCAAGAACCUAUCAACUUCAUCUUUAAAUAUACCCAGUGACGUAGCCUCCAGAGCAGUCUGUGGCAAUGAAUUCAGGGACUUACCUAACGGAAUUCCUUCUCAUCUCUGUUCUAAAGGGAUGUCCUUCUAUUCUGAGACUGUGUCCUCUGGUCCUAGACUCCCCCAUGAGAGGAAACAUCGUCUCCACGUCCACUCUGUCUAGGCUUUUCAGUAUUUGAUAGGAUUCAAUGAGAUUUACACCCCCACCCCCCAACCCCAUUAUUCUUCUAAACUCCACCAAGUACAGGCCCAGAGCCAUCAAAUGCUCAUCAUAUGUUAACCCUUGCAUUGUCAGGAUCAUUCUCGUUAACCUCAUUCGGACCCUCUCCAGUACUCAAUCUGCAUCAGACCAAUCUCUUAUGAAGCCUCAGCAUUACAUCCUUACUUUUAUAUGCUAGUCGCUUGGAAAAGAAUGGUAACACUGCAUUUGCCUUCCUUACUCCUGACUCAACCUGCAAAUUAACCUUUAGGGAAUCCUGUUCGAGGACCUCCAAUUCCCUUUGCACCUCGGAUUUGUGUUGUCUCUCGGUUAAUACUUUCCUUCCUGGGAUCAUUCUCAUAAACCUCCUCUGGGCCCUCUCUAAUUCCGGUACAUCUUUUCUUAGAUAAGAGGCCCCAAACUGCUCAUAAUACUUCAAGUGAGGGCUCACCAGUACCUUAUAAAGCCUCAGUAUCACGUCCUUGCUUUUAUGUUCUAGUCCUCUCAAAACAAAUGCUCACGUUGCAUUUGCCUUCCUCAGCACCGACUCAAGCUGCAAAUUAACCUUCAGGGAACCCUGCAUAAGUACUCCCAAGUCCCUUCGCACUUCUGAGUUCUGAAUUUCCUCCCAUUCAGAAAAAUAAUCUACGCCUUUAUUCCUUCUGCCAAAAUACACUUCCCGACACUGUUCCAUCCGCUACUUCUUUGCCGAUUCUCCCAAUCUAAGUCCUUCUACUGACACCCUGCUUCCUUGACACUACUUGCCCUUCACCUGUGAAAUGCUGUCCGCAUGUUAACCCUUUCGUUCCCAGGAUCAUUUCCUGUGAACCUCCUCUGAACCCUCGCCAACGCAAGCACAUCUAUUCUCAGAUAAAACUGCUCACAAUACUACAAGUGCGGAUUUGACAAAUGCCUAAUGAGGCCCGGCGAGUGAUGGGCAGUUCUAGGGCAGUGGUCCCCAGCCUCCGGGCCGUGAAGCAUGCAGGUGUGCAGCGGUAGCCGGAGCGCACCCAGCACAUCUUUGAGAAAAAAGCCGAAAUAAACAAGCUAAUUAAUUUGUUGCCGUCUGGCAUGUAAAUGUCGGCCCAGAUCAGAGGCUCUUGCCUUCAUCCCUCCCCCUCCUCUCCUAUCAUUUCGGGUCUCCUCCUCCCCCUCCCACUCUCAAAUCUCUUACUAUGUCUUUUUCCUGUUAGUCCUGACGAAGGGUCUCGACCCGAAACGUCAACUGUAUUCUUCCUAUAGAUGCUGCCUGGACUGCUGCGUUCCACCAGCAUUUUGUGUGUGUGUUGCUUGAAUUUCCAGCAUCUGCAGAUUUUCUCGUGUUUGCGUUUUUAGAAUCACGUACAUUUUAUUUUACUUAUUAAUUGAAGGGCAUAAUUAAAUACAGCACAACAAAGAAAAUCUUGCUAGUUUCAUAAACUUAUUCUUGUCUGUCUUUAUUAUGAAUCCAUUGCCUGUAAACGUCAUCCAGCUGAAAGAUACUUCUUAGCCCUGAUCAGAUCAUCUAAAUGUUCCACUUGUAGUCUGUCCCAGAUUUACAUAUGAUUUAAUUCAUAAAACUGAAUCCACGUUCGCAGUGAGCACUAAAGAAAAUUCCAACUGAGCAGCUGCGAAGGCUGUGAGUGU